UGGACGGUGGAAUAGAUGUUCAAAAUAACAAUAUGACAAUACAAUUCAUAUUUAAAGAUCUAUUUAUUGAACCAAGAUUAUGCCAUUUAUUAUCAGGAUGGUGUAUUGAUGUUAGUAACUUUUCAAUACAUACUGCACAAGACUAUGAUCAAGAUAAUUUUGCCGAUAAUGAUAGUUUUUCGCACUUCAAUUGUUCUGAAAUUAAACUCGGAAUGAGAUGGAAUAAAUACGAAAUUGAAAGUGCCAGAUUUAUUUCUGCAGAUCUUAGAACUAACGAAUUUUUAGAAAAUAUAAUGAGGGCAUAUUCUUCAUAUUUCUCUUUAGAACAAGCUUUAUUAAAUACAAAAAUUAGCUACCAUCAAAAUGUUUCAUAUAUUAUAACAGAAUCCAACGGUGACUAUCAACAUGUGAAAUUUGGCGUUGGCAAAAUAGUUGAAGCAACACUACCUAAUAAGCAACAAUCAGAUUUCGGCAAUAAUAAUCAAAUUUAUGUUUUUAUUUAUUUAAAUUGGUUAGAAGACCUUAAAAAAUACGAUGAUUUAUUAGAAUGUCCCGUAUAUCGUCUUCAACAUACUUACAACAAUACUCGAGAAAGAAUUCAUCCAAUAUCAAUUGUAUCACGGUUACCAGAUGUUCUAUUCAUACACAAUUGUAAAGCAAGAUGCUCUUUGCAACAACAUGACACUUCAAAUCAUGAAUAUCUCAGGAAUGAUUUUUUUUUUACAGCUAUUUAA